CUCAAAAUUUUUUAAAAUCCUGUAAACAGACGUUGAGUUUGUUGUAGUUCUACAUUAAAAAUGUAUAUCAAAAUACGUAAAUUGGGCGAGAAAAGUGACGAGAUACCUCUCCUGGUAUCAAGAAAAAUGUUAAUCGUAGAAAUCCGGAAGAAAAUCCAAGAAAAAUUAGAUAUUGAACCGGAAAGACAAAAAUUAUACUACGGUGGCAAAGAACUAUCUGAUUGUUACACUCUUCUCGAUUAUAAAAUUAAUCUAAACGAUGUAAUACAACUUUUCGUGAAAACAUUACCGACAGAAGAAAAGAUAAUUGAAGAGGAGCAGAAAAAAGAAGAAAUCGUAGAAACGGUUACAGAAGAAAUCGAUACGGAAAGUGAAUUUUACCAAAUUGGUGAUUAUGUGGACAUGAAGGAUGCGGAUGGGGCUUGGUUUGAAGCAAAAAUCGCGAGAAUCACUAAAAGAAAAGAAAUAGAUAAAGAAGAACUUAUUUUUCACGUGGUGCGUCGAUCAGAUGUCGAACGAGGUCACAUUCAAGUUACAUUCAACGACAUCCGCCCACAAUCGUAUUUUGAAAUAAAACGAGACGAAUUAAAACCAAACCACACCGUUUUAGUUAACUACAACGUUGAUGAACCAAAAAAAUUAGGAUUUUGGUACGAUUUUUGUGUUGAUAGUGUAAAACGGAACGGUUUAAAAGGUUCCCUUCUAUUUAACGAUGAUGAAAACCGCCUUGAAAUUGAGUUUAAACCCACCCAACCGGUUUAUCGAAUCGAAGCUUUAAACGAAAAUAUUAACCGUGAUGAAAACUUUUUUGAUAAAUUAUCUUUACGUAAAAUCCCAUACAUUUGUUCAAAAUGCAAAGAUGAUCCAAAGAAGAAAUGUAAUGAUUGUGGUUGUAAAAUUUGUUUUGGAAAACGAGAUUGGGAUAAAAUUUUAUUGUGUGACGAGUGCAAUUAUGGGUAUCAUAUUUAUUGUUUGGAUCCACCAUUGGAAAAAGUACCGGAUGAAAAUGAUUGGUUUUGUCCUAAUUGUAAAAUUGAUGAAAACGAAAUUGUUAUGGCUGGAGGGAAAUUAAAGGCGACGAAAAAGAAAAGUGCUUCUAAUCAAAAUUCGUCAACCAAAAGGGAUUGGGGGAAAGGAAUGGCGUGUGUUGGUCGUACGAAAAUAUGCACAAUUGUUCCUGUGAAUCAUUUAGGUCCAAUACCGGGUGUACAAGUUGGAACUUGUUGGAGAUAUCGCACUCAAGUAUCCGGAGAAGGAGUUCAUCGUGCUCCUGUAAGUGGUAUUCAUGGAAGCGAAUCACAUUUUGCUUAUAGCAUAGUUGUUUCUGGUGGUUACGAAGAUGAUGUUGAUAACGGCGAAGAAAUUCUUUAUACUGGAUCGGGUGGACGAGAUUUAUCGGGAAAUAAACGCGUUAAUAAACAAACUUGUGAUCAAAAAUUAACGCGAGAAAACAAAGCUUUAUCAAACAAUUGUAACCUAAAAAAUUGGAAAAACGGUGAACCAGUUCGCGUUGUUCGGAGUUUUAAAUUAAAAUUAAAAAAAUCUAAAUAUGCACCGGAAUUAGGUUAUCGAUACGAUGGGAUUUAUAAAGUCGUUAAAUUUUAUCAAGAAAAAGGUAAAUCUGGUUUUAUUGUUUGGAGAUAUUUGUUGAGGAGAGACGAUCCAAAUCCCGCCCCGUGGCAUAAAAACGGUCAAGAACUUCCAAUGAUUCUCCCUGAUGGUUAUGAAGAAGCUGAAUCGUCAAAGAAAGAUUUAGAAAAACGUGGAAAGAAACGAAAACCUCUACAAGAAAAAGACCACAGUCUUGAAAUUGCAUUUAAAAAGGCUAAAAAAAUUGAGUUCAAACUCGAUUCGAAAUUAACUAACCUAAUUGAUACGGAUGAAGCGAACGAAAAAUUGUGGUUGGAGGCGAAAGAAUCUCUUAAAGACGGACAAUCAAGAUUUUUGGAGGUCCUCCAAGAAUUAUUUAUGUGUAUUUGUUGUCAAGAAUUAGUUUUAAAACCGGUUACGACAAGUUGUAAACACAAUUUUUGUUUAAAAUGUUUAAAAAGGGCGUUUAAUUUGAAAAUGUUUACCUGUCCGUGCUGUAGAAAUGAUUUGGGUAAAAAAUACCCGCUAAAUGUUAAUGAAAAUUUGUCCGAAGUGUUGUUAAGUUUAUUUCCAGGUUAUCAAGCGACUCGUUAAUUAUAUUUUUGUUGUAAAGGCUAAAAAAUAUUUGUUAAAAAAAAAUCAUUUUAGCUUAAUUUUAAGUAGAUGUAUUUUGCUCUAAAAUAUCUCUGUUUGCGUAAGAUAAUAGCAUUAAUUUUAACAAAAAAAAUAAUGUAUUUUUAAUAAAUUAAAAUGUUGUGUUUUUGAAAGUUUCAGUUGUCUUUGAAAAAUAAAGUCUUUUUUAAAACAUCUUAAAA